CUGUCGGACUCUUCCACUUUGACAGCUCGGUAUUCCUCUCAGCUGAUGAGUGACGUCACACUUCUAGCAGCAUGAUUUCCAGGAUGCGCAAGAAACUACUACGUGUGGCGUAAUCCCCAUGCGUUUGAGAAACAACUUCCAGCAUUGCCAUGCGGGGGUUCGUGCUGCGGGAAGCCGCCAAGCGCUUCCCCUGGCUGGCUAACGUGACGCUUUACGGCGGCCUGUUCGCCGGAGGCGACCUGGUGCACCAGCUGCUGGCGCACAAGGAGCGCCUAGACUGGACGCAUACGCGCAACGUGGCCGUGGUGGCGGUCACCUUCCACGGUAACUUCAACUACUUCUGGAUGAGGGCGCUGGAGCGACGCUUUCCCGGGAAGUCGGCUGGGAUGCUCUUCCGAAAGCUGCUUCUGGACCAGAGCUUCGCCUCGCCGUUGGCAACCAGUGUCUUUUACACGGGUGUGAGCUUCCUAGAGGGCAAAGAGGACAUUUUUGAAGACUGGCGGGAAAAGUUCUUCAACACAUGGAAGACUGGACUCAUGUACUGGCCUUUCAUGCAGCUGCUGAAUUUCGCCUUGCUGCCUCUGCACAUGCGCACGGCCUUCAUGGGCUGCUGCGCUUUCCUUUGGGCCACUUUUCUCUGUUUCUCCCGGCAAGAUGGCGACGGCACAGCUGGUGUGGCACUGGCCUUCGUCAUGGACCCCCGCAAGACUCUAGAGGAGAUGCGACAGGCCCGCCUGGCCAGGAAACGUGACCGAGGGACCCAUAAGGACAAAUAGUCUCGUUCCAGAACCAUCAAAAGUGCCGGCUCGGUCCGAGAUCAUGGCCAAGUACAGCGUCGCCAGACGUGUAUUUUUAGAAAUGCAUCCCAUAGCAACAGGUGGUGCUGUAGCCAAUCAGAAAAAGUUGCAGAAAAGGCCUCCUGCUAACAUGCUAAGAGGUUAGCAUGCAUAUAUGUGCCUAUAAAUUGAAUGUAUUUAACUUCUAUAACCAGGGGUGCACAUAAUUUUUUUGCCCAGGUUCUCAGAGGAGGACCUGGAGAUGUGACUUGGUCCUCAUUGAGCUUGAGAGACGACCCGCCUGAUGCGAUAAAUUUAUGACAAGCUUUACUUAGAGCCAAUUAACUUUAAUUAAUUAUAUUAACAAUUAAUGCUUGAUUAACAUCAACUGGCACAACAAAAUUGCCAUUACUUUGAAGUGAAAUGUAAAGAAAUAAAAAGCACCAAUUCAAAAUAAAGGGCAUUAUGUGGCUCCCACAUUAACUACAAGCCUUUUUAAAAGUGGGAUGUCCUCCUCAUAAGACCUCAUUGAACGUGCAUGUUUAGCUUUGUAAAAUGCGAGCAAAAACACGUUUGUCAGUGCAUGUCGCUGUUCAUUACCUUUAUUCCGCCCUAUUCAGCCACUUGUCCAUAGGACGAGUGGGGUCCUGUUUGACAUCGAUAGUUUGUUUAAUUGCGUCAUGCUCUCUGUUUUUUUCGUGCUUUUCAAAGUUUGGAUGGCUGAAAUUCUUUGACCCUACAUAAAAUGCGCUGCUCUUAUCGGCGACAUUGGGAUUCUCACGGCACAUUUUGUACCGCAUUUCCGUGCGAGCAUCAUUUGCUUCUAGCCAUGGUACCUCCUGUAGCCACUUUUCAGCAAAAGUCCUUUUUUCCGGUAGCUCCGGUGACGUCUGUCGUCUGUCUGUCUUUGACGGGGGUGGGGGAACACGGAAGUAAUUACUCAGUGUGGCCUGCCUCUUCGACAUUUUGAGAAGUUAUUUUCUCGUGUCCGCCGCAAAUACAGUGGUCAGCCAUCGGUACGCAAAAGCGUAUGGAAACCGUUGAGGGCCAGCGCGUUUGUCUACGUCCAGUACGCAUGCGCGCAUGCGGACCACUUAUGUGCACCCCUGUCUAUAACUAUAUCUGUACGUCCGUGAAUUAUCAAACCGGAAAUUUAUUAUUAUUGUAUAACAUUCGAGGAGACGUGAACACCUUUAGGGGGUUUGCUAGGAUAUUAAUUCUAAAAUGGAAAGAUGGCCCAAUUUAUUUUUAGGUAAUGUGACAAAAAUGGAGAGUAACGUUUCAAGUAUAAUUGAUUGAUUAACACUUUAAAUAUGUAUUUAAAUGUAUUUUAGUGACAUUUGUGUAGUUUGCUAUAUAUUUUCUAAAUAUUUAUUGUGAUGAAUGGAAGCAAAAAAAAAAUUAAUGAACCAACCUGUAAAAUUAGUUCAGGCAUAUAUCAAUAAUUGUUGCAUUAAUAUUGGCAGAUUUUCCCAGUAAGUGAUUAGAUAACUUUUUUUCAGUUGUAUUUUUCUAAUGAU